UAAACUCGUAAGAUUCCCUUCCUUUCUGCUUCUUCUAUUGCUUGUUGUAUUGUUUUGAUUCUUUUUCGAUACCCCCUGCAAAUAUAAACUCGAUCACCCCCUUCCGUCAAGACGAUUUCUUCUCCGACAGGCACGACUAAACAUAAGUAAUAAUCGAAAUCAUCAUGACCGCGAGAUUCGACAGACAACGGCAUUGCGGAGAAAAUACAUCUUAUUGUUAGUCGAGAUAAAGAGAGAGAGAGAGAAAAAAUUUGAUAAGAAGGGAAAUAUAGUGAGCCGAAGGAAUUAUGCCGGACAAAAAUCCAAGCUGUCGAGAUGGACAACGCGAAAACAAAGACUUAUUUGUUGACGAGAUAUCGUCGAUUGGCAUGUCACUGCGGCCCAGCGGCAGCGCUUCAUCCGGUAUCUCGACCCUCGCCAGCUGUGGUGAAGUCGACGCGCUACCCGAGCUUCCGGCACAGGAUGAAGAACGUUUACAACGUGCAGCACGUUUGUUGCAACAGCGGCUUGUGUUGCGUCAAUGGUUGGCAGAUCAUGGCUUACAUAGCUAUUAUCAAAAGCUAAUGCAAAUGGAUGUUAUGUCUCUCGAAGACGUAUAUUGGGUAGAGGACACUGCGGCACAAGCCACGCUUGGCAAGGACCUACAACGAUGGAUUCAGGCCAGACAAGCGUUACCUACUUCGAAACGAGAUUUAGAAACUUUGAAAGCAGAUCUAUGGAGUGCCGUUGUAAAAAACAGUCAACAUCAAGACGCUUGGACAUGGGGUGGAAUGUUAGUAGUAUCCGUGUCAGUAGCUGGUUUAGUUACUUUAGCUGCUAUGACACAACCAGCAUUAGCACCAGAAGCUAAGCACUCCCUAUUGCAAUAUGUUACUGGGAAAUAUUUAUUACCGAGCAACUGUCGUGUCCAUUUUGAGUGGGAAGAACCACAACUUGUAGGAGAAACAAUGACUUUUACUGUAAAGUUCUACCAACGAAAUGGUCAACCAUAUCCGAUCUGCGACAAAGAUAAUCUCAUUGUGGAAGUGACAGAAGGCUCGCGGAGAGUAGCUACUCUAAUAGAAUUAGGAGGUACCGAUCCUUUAGCUGCAAAUACUGCAGUAGUGAAGUUCACCGUCCGCCAUGCUGGACAAUACAAAAUAGCUGUACUUAUUGGAUCAUGUCACGUUCAUGGCAGUCCAUUUCUUAAAAAUUUUCUGCCUGGACCUCCAGAUCCAAAUAAAACCGUCUUCGUACGUCAAAGUUCUACGGUCGUUUGUACAGCUGGUAUUGCACAUUCAAUGACAAUAGAACCGCGAGACGAAUAUAAUAACUUAUGCGUAUUUGGCCCUGGCGAUAAACCCACUAAAGGGUACGAUGUCAAUAUUAUUCAGCAGAUAGGUAAUCCUGCGGAAAAAGGAUCGGUUAUAGAUUACUCAAUUCAUCUCGACUACGAUUCUCCAAAUCAAAGAGUUCGAUUGAAAGUUAGUUUUCCGAAAGGUGGUUGUUAUCAUGCGACCGUUAGUCUCGCAGGAUUACAAUUACAUAAUGGAGACUUUGACAUUAUCGUUCUGGAAAGUUCCGUUGCAAGAAUGGUUCACAGUAAUGUUGCUUCUAAAGAUCCAGAUACAUGUUACGUUGCUAAAUUAUUAGGUAUGCAAGGUGAAAGAUUCUCUAAGCCAAAAAAGGUCUUUUGUUAUAUAUCACCAAAACAAUUAACGAUCAAGGAAUAUUUGUUAAAGUUCAUUCCUAAAAGACUUGUUACUUUUAGAUUAUGUCCUUCAACUAAGUUUCAUUUUGACUGUACGAACAAUCAACACGAGGGAUAUCAUUCGUUUUCGAUAGACGACGGAUGUCAGCCACCUGUCGAAUUAAUUUCUUUAUAUCGUGACAUAAUAGCCGCUACCUUUACAUUGUUUCUUCUUAAAAAUAUUGGUGGUAGCGAAACCUUCGCCGAUAAACAAGAUUUUUUUUAUCACGAAGUUCGAAAACAUCACCAAAAAUAUUAUCACGAGAAGCUAUCGAUGAAAGUACAACGAGACAAACUUUUAGAGUCGUCGAUGAAAGCUACAAAAGGAUUUUCAGUUAGCGAUUGGUGUAGAAACUUUGAGAUAACGUUUCAAGGCGAACAAGGAGUUGACUGGGGUGGAGUACGCCGCGAAUGGUUCGAAUUGAUUUGCGCGGCUCUAUUUGAUCCAGGAAAUGGAUUGUUUGCAUCAUUUGGUGAAUCUCAGCAAGCUUUAGUACAUCCUAACAGUAAACGGCCUGCUCAUCUUAAAUUAAAGCAUUACGAAUUCGCUGGUCGCAUAGUCGGCAAAUGUUUAUACGAAUCGGCACUUGGUGGAUCGUAUCGGCAAUUGGUACGAGCAAGAUUUACAAGAUCUUUUCUUGCACAAAUUAUAGGUCUUAGAGUGCAUUAUAAGGUAAAGUAUUUCGAACAAGAUGACCCUGAUUUAUAUUUGAGUAAAGUGAAAUACAUCCUUGAGAAUGACGUGGAAGAAAUGGAAUUGUAUUUUGUUGAAGAAGAAUAUGAUAAGGAUGGUCAAUUAUUAAAAGUAGCAGAAUUAAUUCCUGGUGGUAGUAAAGUACGCGUUACCAAUGAAACGAAACUUCGAUAUUUAGAUGCAUUGGCUCAGCACAGACUCGCUAGCUCGAUUCGUAACGAAGUUGAUCACUUUCUACGUGGCCUCAACGAACUCAUUCCAGACAAUUUAUUAGGCAUAUUUGAUGAAAAUGAAUUAGAAUUGCUGUUAUGUGGGACCGGUGAAUAUAGCGUAGCAGACUUACGAGCACAUCACAUAGCUAAUGGAAGUUCUCCAGAAUUUCUACGUGUCCUCGAUUGGUUUUGGACAGCAGUAAGUAAUUUUACGCGAGAAGAAAUGGCACGAUUACUUCAGUUUACUACCGGUUGUUCCCAAUUACCACCUGGCGGAUUUCAACAACUGAGCCCACGCUUUCAAAUAACAGCAGCACCGACAUUUGCCAAUUUACCCACAGCUCAUACAUGUUUCAAUCAACUUUGCUUGCCUGAUUACGAGUGCUACGAUCAUUUUGAACGAGCAUUGUUAUUAGCAAUCAGUGAAGGUACCGAAGGUUUUGGUAUGAUCUAACGAAAAAAAAAAAGCUAUAUAAAAUAAAACUAAACAUGCACACAUACAUACAUAUACACGUUAACCUCUAGUCUAUUCUAGUCGAUAUAAUUUGUCCAGUUAAAAAAUUGAAACAAUGUAUGUUGUGGCCCUAUUUUAUAUUAUUUGAUAUCAAAUAUUCAUUUUCAUUCUAACGUUUAUUUUCAAUAAUAUUUUUUCAUGGUUAAGCUUUUAUACUCUUAAAUAACGUAUUAACUGCAUUUCGUUAAACGUAAAACGUUUAAAGUAUUAUUAAAUAACAAAUCUUUACGUUUUGCUAAUGACCAUCAAAAUUUAAGCGUAAGAACAUGCCGCAUGUAAUGGCUUGUGGUAACGUUUUUUAUAUAAAAAAAACCGUUAUAUACUAAAAAAAACAUAAGAGCAAUUUAUAAUUCCAUCAUCAGUGAAAAAGUUGCUCGAUUUCUCAAAGCAAAAUUUAGUAUAAGUAAGGUAUUCUAAGUAUUGUUGAAUAUAUUAACAUGUUUCGUUACUCGAGCCAUAAGAUUCAGCAUAAUUCGACUUGCAAAAUAUUAACAAAUAUUUGCAGGAAAUAAAUUGAAACUGAGAUA